AUGAAUAAGGACAAGAUUGCUCAGAUGGUGAAGGUCUGCAUGGAGAGCUCACCUUACUUCCAGCUGGCCUGCCCCAGUGAUGUGUACCACAUCGUGCCACCAGGCGCCUCCGCCCCUGUGCGCAUCCGCUUCAGCCCCGACGAGAACAAGGAUUAUUCCCAUGAGCUCACCUGUAUCAUGGCAAAGGAGAAGAUCGUUGUGCCAAUUGGGGCCAUCGGUGCCCGAGCCAUCCUGGACUUCCCUGCCCAGGUGGACUUCUCCGAGUGUCCGGUCAAGCACAGCACCCAGAAGACUCUGCUGGUUCGCAAUGUCGGUAACCGGACAGCUCAUUACCAGCUGAGCACCCAGAGUCCUUUCUCCGUGGUGCCGACCGCAGGAACUCUGGCUGCUGGGGACACCAUGCAGGUGACAGUGACAUUUCAUGCGCUGACCAACGGGGACCAUUUUGGGUCCCUGUGCUGCAACACAGGUGAAGAGAGUAUCCACACAAAGCUCCAUGGAGAAGCUGUAGAUGUUGAUGUUGUGUUGAGCACAAAUUCCGUGGAGGCUGGCAAGACCUUCAUCACCAUGGCAUACCAGACAACCGUGUUCAUCGAAAACAGGAGUAACAUCACAGCCCACUUCCAGUGGAAGGCUUUGCCUUCUGAGGAAGAUGACUAUGAAGAGAAGAGGAGGCAGUGUCGUUUGCUGCACCCAUCGGGUGAGGAGUGGCUGGAAAACUUCACGGAGGAGAAAGAAGUAGAGAAGGUGCAGGGCUUUUCUGAAGAUCACACUGCCCUCCUGAGAAGCAGGGUCCAGGAGAAGAAGGCAAAGGUGCAAGAUGACCCCCUGCUGUUCGCCAGUGAAAAUUUUUUCAUUGAGCCAUUGGAGGGAGAAAUUGGGCCAAAUUGUUCGGCUGAAAUCACGGUGACCUUCAAAGCCCUGGAAGCACUGGAGUAUCAAAGUGUGGCUUACUGCCAUGUCUCAGGCCGUGAGAUCGGGCUGCCCCUGUGCCUCAGAGGGAAAGGCCAAGGACCCCUGGUUGAACUCAGCUCUCCUACGCUGAACCUUGGGAAUGUUUUUGUCUACACCCCCUAUGUCUAUGAGGUGGAACUGAUUAACAAAGGAGCUCUUGAUGCUCCCUUCACCUAUAUCCCUUCAACCACAAAUGUGGACUUCUGCUUCACGGUUGAGCCUGAGCGGGGCAUGAUUGCACCAGGUGGGACCCAGACUGUUCAGAUCUCCUUCCAUACCACCGUGCUGGGGAGCUUUGAGGAAAAAUUGCAGUUCAGUGUGGCUGGAUCUCCUACACCUGUGAUCCUGACCAUCAGGGGCAGCGUCACUGCACCGAAUUUACACUUCGACCUCCCUGAGCUCGACUUCGGGGACAUCUCCUUUGGCUUUCCCUAUACCCAGAGAUGUCGCCUCACCAACUGCUCCAUGGUGCCCGUGACAUUCAAGCUCCGCAUGUCGGACGAUGGCACGCAGCCGGCUGUGGACAGCCUUGAUCAAAUACGCAAAGAAGGUGACCCAUCCUGGAGGAAGGGAAUUCAUUUCUAUGUGGAGCCAAGGGAGUUCACAAUGAAUCCCAGCCAAGGAACCAUCCUCCCCCAGGGACACCAGGACAUUGAGGUGACCCUGUGUUCCAACACCGUGAUGGAAUUCUACAGGAGAUUGCUGGUGGACCUGGAGGGUUUUGGUGAGGGAGUGGCAUCAGUGGUCAUCACAGCCAGAUGUCUCGUUCCUGAGCUCCAAGUGUCCUCCCCAGUCCUGAUGUACGAUGAGUGCCACCUGAAGGUGCCGUAUGAGAGGAAGAUCCUCAUUAGGAAUCCCAGCCACCUUCCUGGCUGCUACGGGCUCAUUCCCCAGCCCCAGAGCACAGCAGAGAUCCCAGUUGUGGUGGAAGUGCAGGCCCUGGGCACUCAUCGCACCAACGUUGUCAUCGGCGUGUUCGGGGAUGAGAGAAACCCACGGGCUUUCAGUAUCCUGCCAGUGCCAGGUGUGCUGCAGCCAGGAGAGAGCCAGCAGGUCUCCUCCACCUUCUCUGGCCACCUCAGCAGCACCUGCAGUGUCCCGGAGCUGUGCCACGUGGAGGGAGGCCCCAGCUACGAGGGGCUGGUGCCCGGGGAGGCCUCACGUGUCAGCUCCUCCCUGAGCCCCCGGGAGAUCAACUGUGGCUCUCAGGCCCCUCUGAGGGAGAGGUGA